AAAAAAAAAAAGAAGAGAAACAGUGCAUAAUAAAUCAUUCAAUUUUCUUAUGAAAUAGAAGACAACUGUAAUUACAAAGAACUGCGUAGAGGUAGUAAUAAUAAGUGAAAUCAUUCUGCAUUGCAAGGACAAAAGCGAGAGUAGCAGUUGUUGCUACAGACUUUAGGCGUUCGGACAUUAAGUUUGUUUCGAAGUAUGAGUGGCAAGGUGCGAUUGAAACCUAAUGGAGUGUUAGAUGAGGAUCCAAUGACACUUCAGGACAUUGCUUAUAAAUAUAUUUGCAAUAAUUUGGAUGUAAUUAGCUACGAAGAUGAGUCACUUGACAGAUCGAGAAUACUACGCGAUGGUAUUGUGUUGCCAAAUGAUAUAUGUGAUCGUUUGCUAGAAGCUUAUCAGCAGUUUUAUCGUCAUCUAGAUGAUCGUUUUGUAACCUUAUUUCGUGAUAAGCAUCGAACUUCCUUGAAAGUUGUUCACUUACGAAAUAGUACAUUAACAAAUUCUGGACUCGCAAUACUUAUGCGUCACGAAUUGUAUUCACUGUCGAUAUGGUAUUGUGAUCGAAUUACUGAAUGGUCGCAAGAAUUGCUUGCGCAUCACGGUGAAAGUUUACGUUCAUUGGAACUUGGUAUCGGAUCCCAUAUGCUACAGAACCGCGAUCCAAACGACAAAGAACCGGUUGAUUUUCAACUAAAUUGCCCCAAUUUGAGAAGACUUGUUCUGAACGGAGUUCCCUUACAUCAUAAAUUGCAAUUUGCUCACUUAGACGAUUUGAUCCAUUUAGAUUUAACGUCAUGUGUUUUGGGUAAUUUUAGUUUGAGCGCAUUAACUUCUUUACCAAAAUUGCACACUUUAAUAUUGUUCAAUGUUUGGCCUAUUGAGAAUGGACUUCAUGCUAUUUGCGCAUUGAAACAGCUUCGCACUUUAGAUAUAUCGAUAUCAAGUUCAGGUAAUGGCCAUGGAACCUAUGAUUUCCCUGAUGAGACACUUGAAAUGUUAAUGGAUAAUUUGCGCGAGCUAACACACCUAGAUAUAUCGGGUACAAACUUAGCCGGAAAUGGAGUGGCUACAAAGGGUUCAUGUUACAAGAACACAGAUAUCCCCGGUUUGGUGUCGCGUACUCAAAGACCGUUGCAGUUUUUAGGUUUAUAUCAUACAGCCCACUGGGCUUGUAAACGUCACGAUAUACCAGCUAUUGAGAUUGCUGGGGAUGCAAACGAACAACAGAUUUUAACCGCCGCACGGUACUAUUAUGAUAGGCCUGUGCUUUUAACGAGGGUUUUAAAUGACUUGUAUCAUCUUUUCCGCUUCGAAAAUUGUAAAGAUAUUCAUACAGCACUUGAUGUUGUUCUGACAGCCAUGGAUAGACACUUGAAAUUUAAGCAUAUGCAAAUUUCUGGCAGCGCAACACUAUUUUAUAUAGUGAAGGGCCGUGAUAGAGCAAAAUUUGGAACGCCAUUACGAAAUCACAUAAUACGUACGUUACUUAAUGGCAUGGAAGUGCACAUUACGGACGAUACAAUGCUACGAAAUGGUUACCUAACACUAACUCAAUUUCAGAUGCCCACCGAUGUGUUAUUCGAAUAUGAGCGUUUAAUAUCGGUCUUGUUGCAUGGAGUUUCCAAAACUGAACAAGAAGGAUUUGUCCAACGAAUAGCCAUUUAUUUGCUAAACACUUUGGCUUGUCAAGUGGAUGGUAAACAGAAAUUGUUUUUGGGUGAAUUAGGUGUGGUUAGUACUAUGCUAAGUUUAAUUAAAGAUCGCUUAACACGCUCUGUAUUUGACGAUGUUAUGGAGGUAGCCUGGUCUACAAUGUGGAACGUAACUGAUGAGACUGCAAUUAAUUGUAAGAGAUUUUUAGACGGUCGUGGUAUGGAAUAUUUCCUACGGUGUUUAAAUACGUUUAGGGAACGAGACGAAUUGCUAAGAAAUAUGAUGGGUUUGCUUGGUAACGUAGCCGAAGUUAAAUGGCUGAGGCCGAAAUUAAUGACACAGAAAUUCAUUGAAGUUUUUGCCGAGCUAUUAUCUUCAGAAAGCGAUGGUAUUGAGGUUAGUUAUAAUGCUGCUGGUGUUUUGGCUCACAUUGCUUCCGAUGGACCUGUAGCUUGGACUAUAAGGGAACCGUCACGUGAAAAAGUUUUAGCCAGUAUGGUUGAGGCUAUCAGACGCUGGGACAUUAAAAGUGAACGCAAUAUUAAUUAUCGCAGUUUUGAGCCUAUUCUAGGCUUAGUGCGCUGCUACGAAACACCACAGUGCCAACAUUGGGCUGUUUGGGCUUUAGCUAAUCUCACACAAGUCUAUCCUGACAAGUACUGUUUACUUGUUGAACAAGAGAAUGGUAUACAAAUUCUUAAAGAACUAAUAACGCAUCCAAGCCCUUAUGAAGAAAUCAAAGAGAUCGCAAGAAUGGUUAUCGCUCGAUGCUCAUCUUGGCCAUGACCUAUGCUCGAAGGUUAAAUUGCUGCUGGCUUAGAUACGCGCGCGCGAUGAACACAUAAAUAGUCGAUUCCCUUGUGUGGAUUUCUUUUCUCAUUUUUAGUUUUUUUUUUUUUUUUUAUUUUAAAAAAUGUUCCAAGCAUUCUGUUUCUGCUUCUGCUACUGUUCAAAAACUUUGUUUAAUAUUGUAAUAGAGCGGUUUUUAAACUAGAUUCAAUGAAAUCAAUAACGGUAUCAACCAAAACAGUUAUAAGCGAUGAAAUAGAUUAAAAAAAAAAAAAAAAAAAAAAAAAAAA